AUGGGGUACUGCAUCGAAAAGAAGGCCGACUGCGGCAACAAAGUCGUGUGGAAGUCGCGUCCUGACGAGAGUGUGGGCGUGGUCGCCAAGCGCGGAGGCCAGUAUUGUGUCGUUGAAUACAGCGAAAUGGACAAACCCACUAGCGAACUUCGCGAUCCCAAGACCAACCAACUGGUGUACGGCGCCGCCAACAUUUGCAACCACUUUUAUACAGUAUCGUUCUUGACCGACGUCGUGCUGCCUCAAAUGAGUUUGCAGUACCAUGUCGCACACAAAAAGAUCCCCAUGGCCGACGACUCUGGCGCCACGGUCACCCCCACAGCCAAUACAGGGGUCAAGUUGGAGUCGUUUAUCUUUGACGUGUUUCCGCUGUCGCAGCGCAUGGCGGUGCUGAGCUCGAACCGAGAUGACGAGUUCUCCCCCGUCAAGAACGCUCCAGGAACCCCCGUGGAUUCCCCCGAUUCUGCUCGACAAAUGCUCCACGACCAAGCCUCGCGAUGGCUCAACACGUCUGCGUACGGGUACUUGGAAGUUUCGCCGUUGGUGUCGUAUGCCGGAGAAGGGUUGGAAGGCUACAGAACCGAUCUACCCCUUACCCGAGUGUUGAGUUUGGACUCGAAAUCGCAUCCUGCCACUGCACACUGCGUCCCCACGGCCAUCCGCCAUCGCUUGGAACAGUUCAAGCAGCAACAUGUGCUGCAUUUCAUUGACAAUGGAACUGUCUCGAGAUAUGACGCGCAAUUGCUGCUGCAAGACCUGGCGUCCAUUGACUUUGACCAUUUGAAAGCCAGCUUUGAACGGUCGCUGCAUGGUUCCACUUCGGCAGCCGAUGUCUUGUCUGGACCACUCACGCCGCUCACGGACGAAGUGGCGAGUUUGGCGGGAUCGAGCGGCGCGGACAAGGACAGCUGGACAAAGGCUGGCGUCGAGGCGAUCCGGCAAGGCCAAGUCGCGGCGUUGGUCUUGUCGGGGGGGCAAGGCACCCGCCUUGGGUUUUCAGGCCCCAAAGGCAUGUACGACAUUGGAUUGCCCAGUGCAAAGUCGCUGUUUGAGCUGUUUGCACUGCGAUUGGUCAAGCUCCAAGGCGAAAGUGGAGGUGUCAUCCCGUGGUUCAUCAUGACGAGCAUGCUCAACCACGACUCGACCGUGUCGUUCUUUCAAAAGAACUUGUACUUUGGAUUAAAGCCGGCGCAAGUCGUCUUCUUUUCCCAAGGCACGCUCCCGUGCCUGACCAUCGAAGGCAAAUUGAUGCUGGAAACGCCGAGCAAACUGAGUCGCGCGCCGGACGGCAACGGCGGCAUCUACCGGGCCCUUGUGGACUCUGGGGCGUUGAAACAAAUGGAAUCGCUCGGUGUCAAGUACUUGCAC